AAACAAUCUUCUACUAAAUCCACGACGGCUGCAAUCAGCAGUAAUGUCGCGUCUGCAUGGAUGUCGGGAAAGAAAGGCGCGCUGGAUUACCUCGCCAAACGCAAAGCGGCUAAGCAGGCGAAGGCUGCUGGUAUGACGGCGCCGGAUGUCACGUUGUGUGAGCCUGUUAUGCCUCGUCAGGUACAGACGUUCCCUCCGACAGCUGCAACAAACGCGACUACUGCUACGUUGGUACGUUCGUCUAGUGAUUCCAUUGUGGAGACGCUCCCUCAAGACAUGGCCGUUCCGGAACCGGCUCUUGCGGAGAGAUUUGUGAGCACGCCUCCGGCUAAGUCUGUCAUGGAGAUUCCUAUCAGUCGGAGCCCGCCUCAGGAAGCGGCGCCAGUUGCGCGUAGUCCUCCUGAGCUUCCUCCUCGACAGCCAAAGGCGGCUUCUGUACCUACUUUACCACCACGUCGAAGGCCGGUGCCUGCCGCCCCUGUUGACAACGGAGAGAGCAAUGUCGUUGGAAGUACAGAUGCUGAACCGACGAGAGCGGUAGUUAUCGUACCUGAAUACGAGUCUGGCCAGUCAGAUUCAGCAGAGCCGGAGGAGCUCAACAUGACAUCUAGGCGGGCGUCUUUCCGGCAACAAUCACGCAAAAGCAGCGAAGAUAUCACCGAAGACUGGAGCAAGCCGGAAAAGGAGCCAUCGAAUUUGGAACUUCUGGAGGGACUGGGCAGUACGGCGUUUGCCUGAUAUGUCAGAAAAAGUAGUUUAUCGCCAAUCGAAACUCAUUCUCGAACCCGCACCGCCAUUCU